AUGUCUGGAGUACUUCUGAUUUUUAUCGCUUCUUUUGUACCACAUCUGACUAUAUCAAGAGGACAAGCAUGCUUCGGAUUUGAUACAUUUGAGAAAAUAUUUUCAACUGGAUUCAAUCCACCAGGAGCGGUGGUUACAAAACUUGAACAUGGAACUCCUGAUGCUCCUACAAAGCAUUGCUUACAUUUAUGUGGAGAGAAACGAGAAUGUCUCUCUUUUACAUUGGAUUUGCAAAACAAAAUAUGCUAUUCUCAUAACGUGAAUUCGUUGGGAAGUAAAGAAUCUUUAACUACCGCUUCAAACAGCGUUUUCUUUGAACAAAUCUGCUUCCAAAGAAAAGAUAGUACUGAACGUUGCAAAGAAAAGUUGUGGGCGUUUGAAGUAGAGAGGAAUGCCUUCCUCGUAGGACACGUGGAAAAGGAAUUAGACCAUAUCUUAUCGCGUUAUGAAUGCGAAAAAAAGUGCUUCAACGAAGAUAUGUUUGCAUGUCGAUCUGCUGAUUACGACGAAAGAAAUAAAAUUUGUAGGCUAAGCAAAGAAGACCGAUGGACUCGUCCUGAUGAUUUCUUGCGAGAUCAAUCUGGAAGCCAUCGAUCUUAUUUAGAAAACCAAUGCAUUUCAGCUGCUAAAACUCUAAGAAAUUCACUUCGCAAUUAUGGACUUUCUAUGAUCCAAAGUAUAAGACAUUAUAAUAUUUCUUAA